CCCACAAGAGAAGUACCGGGGCUGUUAAUUUCACACGACAUGGUUCUCUGCACGAAAAUGGACGUGCCACCAACCGUGGGUCACGUGAGAGGAAGGAAGGGGAGGCCGUGAUCAGAGAUACCACCGCGCACCGAGCCGCCCUCCCUCCAUGAUCGCAAAGCUGAUCCUCAGUCCAGGCUAAGAGCAGGCAUGUCCCCCGAGCUCCUCCCGCUCCUCUGCCUCGGGCUGUGUGCUGGCCAGAGCGACAGGACAGUGCAUGAGCCUCCCAGCCCCUUCUUCAGUGCCUUGCCCAGAUUUCUGGUUCCUGCCGUGAGUAACGUGACGCUGAGGUGCUGGACUCAUAUCAGGAACGUGGAGUUCACUUUCACCAAGGAGAGCCAUGUGCUGCCCUCCGAGACCAUGAUGUCCCUCGACGACUCCGGGAGAACGGUCGUGCUGCCCCUCACUAACCUGAGUCGGGAAGAUGCUGGGAACUACAGCUGCAAAUACUGCAAGAAAGACGACCCCUCGAGGUGCUCACCAGCCAGUUACCUUUCUCUUGUGGUUGGAGGAAAUUUAUCCAAACCUUUCUUCUCGGGCCAAAUGAGGCGUGCGGUGAGCCCAGGAGCCAACGUUACUCUGGAGUGCGUGAAGGGGCGCCACACAGCUGCACCCGUGAAGUUUGUUCUGUUGAAGGAAGGGACUCCAGAGUUUGUCGAGAGUCACACGUCUACUGGGGCCGUGGCUCAGUUCCACCUUGGGCCCGUCAAAGCCAUGGACAGCGGGAACUACAGCUGCGUGUACUACCAGACAGAGGCCCCGUUCUCCGCCUCCCUGCCCAGCGCAAGCUUAGAGAUACAGGUGACAGGUGUCGCGUCAAGUUCCGCCGAGGCGAACCUCAUCCUCCUGGGUCUGGCCGCCGUAUUUCUGGUCCUUCUGGAGCCUUCCCUGGUUGAAGCCUAGCCUAGCCAGAAGAGUCUCCGUGUGGGUCCAACUCAAACACCUGAGCGCCUCUUUUUCUUUUGGGGGUGUGG